AUGGCAACUGAACUUCGUAGAAAACUGGUUAUUGUGGGAGACGGUGCAUGUGGUAAAACAUGUCUUUUAAUUGUGUUUUCAAAGGGCACCUUCCCAGAAGUUUAUGUUCCCACUGUCUUUGAAAACUAUGUUGCUGAUGUAGAGGUUGAUGGACGUCACGUAGAAUUGGCCUUGUGGGAUACUGCCGGUCAAGAAGAUUAUGACCGCUUGAGACCCUUGUCUUAUCCGGACUCUCAUGUUAUUCUUAUUUGUUUCGCUGUCGAUUCUCCCGAUUCCCUUGACAAUGUCCAAGAGAAAUGGAUUUCCGAAGUCCUUCACUUCUGCUCUAGUCUCCCUAUAUUGCUUGUCGCUUGCAAGGCUGAUUUGCGCCAUGAUCACAAGAUCGUUGAAGAACUCUCCAAAACUCAACAACAUCCUGUUAGUAGCGAAGAGGGUCAAACCGUCGCUCAGAAAAUCGGUGCUUACAAGUAUUUGGAAUGCUCUGCCAAGACAAACGAGGGCGUUCGUGAAGUUUUCGAGUCUGCUACCCGUGCUGCUAUGUUGAAGCACAAGCCAAAGACCAAGCCUUCCAGUGGUAGCAAAAAGAAGAAGCGUUGCAUUUUGAUGUAA